AUGCCUGGCAGCCCGGUGUGCGGCCCCAUACUGGUGCCCCAGGACUCCUCACGCCUAGCCAGCCGACUCACGCCUAGCCAGCCGACUCACGCCUACCAUGGUGCUCCAUCAUAUGGCGCUCCCUACUACGCUGACGGAGGCCACUACUACACCCCACCGUCGGCUCUACUGCCAUCGCCGUCGUACCAGCCGGCUCUGCUGUCGUCGCCUCCAGCGUUGGCUCUACUGCCCUCGCCGUCGUACCAGCCGGCCCUGCUGCCAACACCGACAUCUGGUACACCGCAAAGCUGGGACCAAGCCGCCUUCAUCCAGGCCAUGAACAAUUUUGCCUCCCAAGGCAACACAGCUAUGCAAGAAGAAUAUUCGGCCCUUACUGAAAAUAAUACUUGGCAGCUUGUUCCUCGUCCUUCCAACACCAACAUUGUCUCUGGUAAGUGGGUGUUUGGUCAGAAGUUUCACUCCGAUGGUACUCUUUCUCGCUACAAAGCUCGUUGGUGGUGGCUGGAUUUAGUUCUUUAUAUCUGCUUCUAUAUUUUGUGUAGCUGUGGCUAUGACCAGCAGGUGGGAAAGAAUGGGGCAGUGCAGGCAGCGACAGAUGGCUUGCUUGGGCUUGGGAGGGGAUCAGUUAGCUUGGUCUCGCAACUCAAGCAGCACGACAUCACCAAGAAUGUAUUUGCCCAUUGCCUCAGUACGAACGGAGGAGGGUUCCUCUACUUUGGGGAAGAUAUCGUGUCUACCUCAUGGUCACGUGCAACGAUGGCUCGUAGCACAUCUGGGAAUUACUACUCACCUGCUGCAGGAACACUUUACUUCGAUAAACGCCCACUAGGUGUGAAGCCAACGGAGGUGGUAUUUGAUAGCGGUAGCACCUAUACGUACUUUGCUGCCCAGCCAUACCAAGCGACUGUUUCUGCGAUCCAAGCUGGUCUCAGCAAGUCACUUACCAAGGUGUGUGACCCCAGUCUACCUCUUUGCUGGAAAGGGCAGAAAGUGUUUAAAUCUGUGUCUGACAUCAAGAAGGAGUUCAAAUCACUCUUCAUGAGGUUUUCGAAGAAUACAGCCAUGGAGAUCGCUCCUGAAAACUACCUCAUUGUUACCAAAAAUGGAAAUGUGUGCUUGGGCAUUCUUGACGGGUCGGUGGCUAAACUUAAUUUCAACAUAAUUGGAGAUAUCACAAUGCAGGAUCAGUUGGUAAUUUAUGACAAUGAGAAAGGGCAACUUGGAUGGGCCCGUGGAUCAUGCAGUAGGGGCACUAAGUAUAUUAUAUGUUCAUUUACAUGGUAUUUGCUUAUAAUCCAAGUUUUAGCCCAUCCGUUAAAAAGCUGGAUAUAUCAUUAUUGAUGGAACUGGCCAGCUGGAGGAAGCUACUAUUGGCCUGAAAUCCCUGAGAUGAUUGACACUCUCGGAACUAAAAAAGUUCAAGCUAUUGCAAUCCACAGAAUAGGCAAUAGGCGGAUAAAAAUUACAGUAACAUGCCUGGGAAAACGGAAGGAUAUAAGUGGAGCAGGAUGACCGUGCCAUAUCACAUUGGCGGAAAGGAAUAUAUUAACCAGUAUGCUGCUCCUGUUCGUAAUAAGAUGGACUCCAUAUUUUACAUCUUUGGCUUGAGUUGUUCUUUACUUUUCU